AAUCGACGGAGCGGAAUGCUUGUGACACACUGACCAAAUGAAGAGAGAGGUUUAUGAAGGUGAGGGCGGGUAAAUUACGAUGGCCACCCGUCGUAUUCCACUAAUUUUGUUGGCCUGUGGCUCUUUUAAUCCAAUCACCAACCAGCACAUGAGGCUGUUUGAGCUAGCCAAGGACCACAUGCACAGCACAGGCCGAUACCAGGUGGUGGGUGGCAUUGUGUCUCCGGUGAGCGACGGCUAUGGAAAGCAAGGCCUGGUGCUGGCUGAGCAUCGCAUCGCCAUGGCAAAACUUGCACUUCAGAGCUCCAGCUGGGUUACAGUUGAUGGAUGGGAGAGCCAGCACCCAGACUGGAUGGAGACAGUGGUCACUAUGAGGUAUCAUUAUGGGCGCAUUCUGAAAGAGUGUGAGCAGAGACUGGGGCCGCACAGCAACUCCAGUGGAGACGCCACUCCUCACCAAACAAGUUCAUCUCCUGAGCUGAAGCUGCUGUGUGGAGCCGAUUUCCUGGACACCUUCAAGAUCCCAGGACUGUGGCUGGACGACGACGUGGACGAGCUCGCCGGGCGUUUCGGCCUCGUCUGCGUCAGUCGGGGGAGCGCACAUCCCGAGCGGGCCGUCCACGACUCGGACAUACUGUCCCGCCACAGACAGAACAUUUUCCUAGUGAGGGAAUGGGUGAGAAAUGAGACGAGUGCCACAGAGGUCCGCCGCGCCGUGAGACGGGGUCUGAGCGUGAAGUAUCUGAUCCCAGACUCUGUGAUAGAAUAUAUUCACCAGCACAACCUCUACACAGAGGACAGUGAGAGGAGAAAUGAGGGCAGGCUCCUGAGGCCGCUUAUCAAACAGGCACAGCAGCCGCCUUACAAGGACAUUGUUCAGGAUGGUGAUCACAUAAUUAUCAAGACCCUCACUACCUUCAAAAACUACAACAUGGACUUCUAUGUGGGCAAAGAGUUUGAAGAGGAUCUAAAGGGAGUGGAUGACAGAAAAUGCAUGGUGAGAAGUGUACACAUUACAGCGUCCACAGCUGCCACCAUGCCUACAGACUUCAGUGGGAAAUGGAUACUGGAAACAAACGAAAAACUUGAGGAUUAUAUGAAAGCAUUAGAUAUUGACUUUGCCACAAGGAAAAUUGCCAACUCCCUGUCUCAGACCAAGGUGAUUGUCCAAGAUGGGGACAAGUUUGACUUAAAAACACUCAGCACCUUCAGGAACUAUGAGUUCACCUUCACCGUGGGGGUAGAAUUUGAUGAGCACACGAAGGGACUGGACAACAGACAUGUCAAGAGUCUGAUCAUUUGGGAAGAUGACAAACUGGUAUGCACUCAGAAAGGCGAGAAGCCCAACCGUGGCUGGAAACACUGGAUUAAAGAAGACAAACUCUAUCUGGAGCUGACAUGUGGAGAUGUAGCAUGUCUUCAGGUGUUCAGGAGAAAAGAAUAGCCCCUGUCUUUACUUUCAUUUACCCAGCAAGCAAGGUUGAGGAUCAAGAAAAAUACACUUUACAUGUUCCCCCACACCCCACAAACUGAAUGAAUAAAGGUGAUUUAAGACUGCUCUG